AUCAAUAAUCGAACCGGAUGAUAUUUACGUGUUUCUCUAUGUCUACUUCACAAGUGCCAAACAACUGUCAUCUUGAACUUCAGACUAUAUAAAGGGCCACGUGAAGAUAUCCCCGCUGGGCUUUGCCCCUGUCGAAGUUUUCAGGACCUUCAUCGAAGGACAAAAGAAUCCUAAGUACGGAAAUCUUCCCACCCAAAAGGGCCACUUAUCCAUGGGAGACACCACAUGGAUCGCAAGCAAACACUUCAAUGACAAGAGGAUUCACGAAAGCUGCCUGAGGAGUUUCUUGGAAGUGGGGCGACGAUAACGUCUGAAUUAUCACAUAUAUUCUUGAUAUCCUAGGACCUACCUAUGGCGACCUUCGCUGCACGCCAUGUUGCGAAUCUCAAACAAGUCCAUAUCAAAAUGGUACCGAGUCCGCGCACACUCGCGGAGUCGCAAUUGAUCCUUGGGGCGAUACGGAAAUUUGGGGAAGUAUCGUAUUUCUUGAAUUUGAAGAAUACUCCAUCCCGAGAAGCCAAAAAUACUGGUCGCUCAGCAUUGGCAAUUUUUGAGGACUCCCAAGCCAGGAACGCAGCUUUGGAAGCUUCUCCACUUGUCGUUCCUAUCCCUAGUCUAUCUACACUCUUCCCAUCAACAUACCCGCCUGAUUCUGAAGGAUAUCAGCAUUCAACAAAAAGUGCCCUUGGCAAGCCACGCAUCAAAGCCAAAACCAAAGAAGCCAGAAUGAACAAGGCCAGAGAAAAGGAAAAGGAACAAAACAGCAACGAUCAUGAGAACUGUGAUGCCAACCAAUCUCAAUCAUCAAUCAUCUGCUAUAUCGAGCCGUCAUACCAUGACCACAGUGUCGCAGUCAAGCAGAAUCCAUACCAUAACGCCUUCCUUGUCGCGUCUAACUCUGUUGAGGUUCAGGAUCUUUUGCAGAUAGCAAAUGGUACGGGUGGAAGUGGUAGCUACAAAAAGCGUAGCCAUGCUCCAAGUCCAGCUGCGUCACCCUGGCUCGGACACGUCGACUGCUUUCCGAAGAGGAAACGGCCGGUUCCAUUUCGUCAUCAGAUUAACGUUAUGCAGAUUGCCGAGACGUUGCAUGGCGAUUCGCUUAUGCGACUGUGGCGGGAGGGACGGGAGGCCGCGGAAAAGAAGUCUGCGGAGGCGAAGAAGGUGAAAGAGCAGGGGCCCGAAUUGUCACAGCCUAAGAAGGGACAAUCGCAGCAAGAAGCACAGGAUCCAAAGCCGGGAGAGGGAAAUUCUGAGCAGCAGAACGAAAUCAGCAUAGUCGCAUCCUGAACAGGUUACUGAAGAGAGGGGACUUUUCUUUUAUUUCUUGCCCUUGCUGAAAUGUAGAGAGGGGGGUGAGAGUAACAAAUGCUCCUGAAGACAGCGUUCGAAAUACUCCCGUCAGGCGUUAUCUUCCUCGAAAAGGAAUUUGGAACAGGUUGCGUCCCUUUUUUCUUACACUUAUCCAACAGAACAGAAGAAUCCUCGAUUAGACUAUGCCCUUGACGUGAUGAUGAUUUUGCGUCACCGAAAUGUCCUCCUAUUUAACGCCUGGAAUUUGUGACUGUUCGGUCCCCGAAUAUCAAACAACUGGUCCAGCCAACCAGAUCAAGCAGAAACUCGACGGGAUGGUACGGGUGGACAAAAAGAAUCGAUCCAUUUCUCCCCAUACCUAAUUUCACCCGGGAAUCAAACAGACCGAUCAGAUCCUACUCUGGGUGACUAUCGC